CUGGCAGCGAAACGGCCAUACACAUGCACCGUACAGUUCGUCGCGUUUGGUUAGUGGUCUCAUCGUCGUCUGCUUGAUCUAUCGUUUGCGCUUCAGCCGUGCCGACGUACGUGUUUUCUGUUCAGGGCCGCGCGCUUACGAGCAGCGGGCAGCAAAUCUACUUGAAAAGUCAACCGAAGCGCUCGCACAACGGUACGCACGCAGUUCCCGGUGUUUAGUGUAGCGGUGCCGUAGAGUGUGUUUUUCACGGCGCUAGUGCGUAUGUUGUGCGUUUUCCGCUCCCCGGGGUAGUGUUACAGAACAGCGCCCAACGUCUAGCAAUACUUCGGGAAGUUCGUUCCUGUGCUUCUGGCCGGCGGUACGUACUUGAGUUUCAGUGUGUGCUGUGAGUGUCAGUGAUUAGUUGUGAUCGCGUGUCGUGAUCGGAGCGAAGGAAAGCUUCUUCCUCCCACACCCUCCCCAGCAGUUGCGCAAAUCGUAACGCAAAAAACCCCGAAACGAACCGUAGUGCGCACACUGGUGCUGCUGGGUGUUGUGCGGGGGGGUGGUCUAUUAGUGGCUGGCGUGCGCGCGAUCCGUAACGCGAAAGACAAACACAAAGGUGAGCCUGCUACUGUCUAACACACAAUCAAUCCCCACAAAUCCGAAUCCGAAAUGACUGCCGGCGGUUGCUUUCGGUUGAGUCCAACAAACCGCGCAGGUAGAUGAGUGCUUAUCGGCAGACCUCUUCAAUCAACUGGCCACCAGCGGCAAGCACUAGUAACGUCCAGGUAACGCGCAGGGAUAAUGGAGCCGCACUAAAACCGCCCCGCCUUUCCAUUUCCUGGACAGGUGAUAGGAAGCAACGGCCGCAGAGCGCACUCGCUGCAUUCCACCAUCAACGGUCGAGAAGGGGCGCAGCUGUCCCGCCAGCGCUCGCCAGCCGUACCGCACUCCAGCAGUAGCAGCAGCAGCAGCCCGCCAGCCGGUAGCAGCGGUGGGCCGUACCCCUUUUACUUUGAGACCCCGGUACGCAGCAAACCGUCAAAACGAUUUAUCUUCGGCCGUACAAGGACAUCUUCCCGGGCGGUGGCCAUAACCAGCUAUCCUCGCUAUAUCCGCAACCCGUGAUGGAGCGUAGCGGCGGCGGCGGUAGCGGUGGCGGCGGUUCCGGCGGUCCGACCCCGAGCAGCCUCGGCGACACGAUGAGCGACUCGGCCGGCCUGUGCCUGCAGGACCUGGUCGGCGUCAACGGCACCGGGGGAGGCGGCGGCGGCGGCGGCGGCGGUGGGGCGGGCGGUACGGGCGGUGGGCCCGGGGGCGCGAACAAUACGCUGGCGGACCACCUGCACGGUACCGGGGCGCACCAUGGGCCCCACACGCACCACAGCCUGCACGACGGGCUGGUCAGCGGCGGCGUGAGCGUCUCGUCCGCCAUUACCAGCCUGAUGUCGCCGGGCGGUAUCAACAGUGGCGGGCUGGGACACCUGCACCACGGCGCACCGGACCUGUCUGCCCACCAUCAUCAUCACCAUCACCACCAUCAGCAUCACCAUUCGUCGGCGCUGCACGAGCCGCUGGAGAAGUUGAAGCUUUGGGCAGAAACCGGCGACUUUCGGGAAAACAGCCACACCGGCAUGACGUCCGUCAGCAGUAUUGACCACGCGCAGAUGGGUUUUCCAGCAUCUUCACCCCGCAACAGAAGCUCUCGGGAUCGGAAAAAUGAUGUAUCUCGAUGUAUCAACGAAGCCUCGGUAAAGACCGAAAACCUUAGCAGCGGUAUGUCCCACGAGGACGGCACCGGUUCGGUCGCGCCCGGCACCACGAUCCAGCAGGACGGCACCGACGGCACCAAGAACGAUAAGAAAAACAAACGCCAGCGACGCCAGCGGACACACUUCACCUCACAGCAGCUGCACGAGCUCGAGCAGACGUUCAGCCGCAACCGCUACCCGGACAUGUCCACCCGGGAAGAGAUCGCCAUGUGGACCAACCUGACCGAGGCACGCGUGCGGGUAUGGUUCAAAAACCGGCGGGCCAAGUGGCGCAAGCGGGAGCGGAACCAGAUGAACGCGAUCGCGGCGGCCGACUUCAAGAACGGGUUCGGCCCGCAGUUCGUGCAGCCGUUCGCCGACACCGACACGCUGUACUCGUCCUACACGUACAACAACUGGGCGAAGGUGCCGUCCCCGCUCGGUGCCAAGACGUUCCCGUGGACGGUGAACCCGCUCGGCACGUCGAUCGUGUCGACCAACCACCACCAGAACUCGAUCAACUGCUUCAACACGUCGGCAUCGUCGGUGGCGGCCGGGAUGGCCGGCACCGGCACGAUGCUGCCGGCUAGCAUGGGCACCGGCCUGACCGGCACGUCCGGGGCGACCGGCGUGUCGCCGACGCCGUGCCCCUACACCACGCCCACCAAUCCGUACAUGUAUCAUCAUCGCGCCGCGGCCGAACCCUGCACGGCCAUGAGCUCCAGCAUCGCGACGCUCCGGUUGAAGGCGAAGCAGCACACGUCCGGUUUCUCCAGCCCUUACUCCGCGUCGUCGCCCGUCUCCCGCUCCAACUCGGCCGGCCUGUCCGCCUGCCAGUACGCGGGCGUCACGGAUACGGUCUGA